AAAGAAUUGAAAGCAGCAAUGUUUGAUGUUUGAUUGAAGAAGCUGAAGCCUUUUUGUGAUCAUGGUGCUGACACCAGCUGAAAAACAAAAACUCUACAGAGAGCAUCAUCGAUUAAAUGCUGAAAAAGAAGAGGAAAAUAAAAGGAAAGAUCGUGAAAGGGGGAGAAAAAGGUUUCCAAUAAAGGAAAUAUCUGCUCGUGCUCAAAGGAAAUACUGGAGAACUGCACAAAGGAAAUGUCGUCAAAAUAAAGCAAGGAAAAUUGCAGCUUCUGAAACACCGUGCACAACAUCUGAUGUAAAUUCAGGAACUUCUGCCAAGAAAUCAGGAAGAAAACGAGUUCUGCGAAAUAGAUCUAAAGUUGUUAGAGAAAACUUUAAGUUGAGAAAUGAAAUUAAAAAAUUGAAGAUUAAGACUGAUAUGUAUAGAAAAAGAUGGAGCAGAGCUAAAUUAAAGGUUGAAGAAAAUUCUAGUAGUAACAGCCCAAGAUCAAAAGCCAAGCGUUCUUUAAAGGAAAGUUUUAAUGUACAGUUAACUCCCAGUAAAGCUAAGGUUGUUCGGCAGGUUACUUUGUUUAACGCUUUUAGUUCUUGCCUAAAAAACAAAUAUGCAAAAUCGACAAAUCACGAAAAAAGAUAUUUACAAAAUUUAAUGCUCUAUUCAUCACUAAAAAAGUACAGGCUAUUAAGAGCAGGCCAGAAUAGUUAUUUUGGUUCCAGAAUUUAUCAAAAACGGAAAUCAGACAAAGAAAGCAUCAAAAUUAAGAGACGGUUAGUUACCAAAUUCUUUUUGAGAGAUGAUGUAAGUAAGGCAACAGCAGGAAAAAAGGAAACAAUUACACAUAAGAAGAUAAAAAUGCAAGAACGAUAUCUUUUAAUAGUAUGA